GCGUGCUAGUAGUCACGUACCGGAAGUUUCUACGUGUUCAGUUUGUCCGGAAGAGUUGUUUUCACUAAGGCACAAGAGGUGGAUGAGCUUUCUUUUAAUAAUAGCAAUAUGUUGCCGACCACCGCGUCGCAGAAUGGAAGCCUGAGCGCCCGCGAUGCGGCCCGUCACACAGCGGGUGCCAAGCGCUACAAAUACCUGAGGAGGCUGCUUCACUUCAAAGCCAUGGAUUUUGAAUUUGCCAUGUGGCAGAUGCUAUAUCUCUUCACCUCCCCACAGAGAGUCUACCGCAACUUCCACUACAGGAAGCAGACCAAGGACCAAUGGGCCAGGGACGACCCGGCCUUCCUGGUGUUACUGAGCGUCUGGUUGUGCGUGUCUACGCUGGGCUUCGGGCUGGUGCUGGACAUGGGUUUUGUGGAGACACUGAAACUGCUGCUCUGGGUGGUGUUCAUAGACUGCAUCGGAGUGGGCCUGCUCAUCUCCACGCUCAUGUGGUUCGUCACCAAUAAGUACCUACUGAAGCAACCCAGUAAAGACUUUGACGUGGAGUGGGGCUACGCUUUUGAUGUCCAUCUCAAUGCCUUCUACCCCCUACUAGUCAUUCUGCACUUCCUACAGCUCUUCUUUAUAAACCAUAUAGUAAUGAUAAAGUCAGACUGGUUCCUGGGAUACUUUGUGGGGAACAGUUUGUGGCUGAUAGCCAUUGGCUACUAUCUGUACAUCACCUUCCUGGGAUACAACGCAUUGCCCCAUCUGAAGAACACAGUGGUUCUGCUCUACCCCUUCGCCCUCCUGGGUGUCCUCUACAUCCUCUCACUCUCCCUGGGAUGGAACUUCACCAAAGGCCUCUGCUGGUUCUACAAGUACCGCGUCCAGUAGACACAAUGGGUCAGGAUCAGAGGGGGCCACUGAUAGUCGACGGUGGCCCUAUCUGCCAAUGGGCUCCAAGGACUAAUGGACAAUGCUUUCAUGUUGGAGUGUGAAUGGAUGGGAUGAUGCAGUUUUGUAUACUUUGUAAAUACUUUGGUUGUAAGAUAUAUUAAUUGUGGAUUGUUUCUAAGAUGAUCGGUUUCCUUUUAUUUUGAAACGACAUACUGAAAAUCCCGCUUACUAAAGGCGGGUAAGUAAUGGAAAGUGGUGAAUGUGAAUGUAAAACGAGGUUUGUCAGAAUGUAAACUUCUGAACACAUUCAAUAAAAAGGUUUUACUUGA